UUCAUCGUGCUGCUUGAAGGAUAUGGAUCCAGAAAAUAUAGGCAAAGAAACAGUUAUAAAAGUAACUGAUUGGCUACGUGGAAUUUGGGACAUGAGACGUCGAACUAGUCCAGUUCAACAAUGGGUUGAUUCAUUGCCUUCACCCAUCAAAUCAAACGUAUCGGUGGCAUCAGAGCCAAAGGAAUGUCAAGACGCACAAUUAGAAGAAGUUACUACUUCAUUGAUGACAGAACCUAAGGAAAUUCCAUAUUCAAUGGAAACCAAAUCCCUGACCAUGACUGUAUCAGCACCUAUUAAUGUUCCUAAUAUGUCAACAAUUAAUACAUCUGGCCUACCUAGUUCAUUGCCCCAUAAACUAGUUCGUGAUCCAAGUUUGCAGUCUGAUAGCAGUCAUUGCAGUAGUGUGGAAAGCUUGUUAGAGCUCAGGAAAGCAGAUCCAGAAGCUAUCUUACUUGGCCUAGGAUUUGGUGGUUGUCCCAGCAGUCCUCAAGAGAAUGGUUCUUUGUCUCGUAUACCAAAAAGAUUUUUACAGCCAUCAAAGUUAAAGGGCAUAGCCAUCAAUGAUUUUAUGAAGCAUCAACAAGAAACAAGUGAAUCUUUUGAUUCUGUUUCAUUAGGAUACAGAGGAUUAACAGGCUCACCGUACGUAGCACCGUCGGAAAUUGUACAGAAAAUUAUGCAACGCUUACGAGAACACGAAAGUCAUGAACAUGAUCCAUAUGUACUUUACAAUUCUUACGAGCAGUACAGUCCAUUGCAACAAAGUGGUACGACGCUUUCCGUACUUUCCCCGGACAAUAGGCAAUUUUUGGAACGACCACGUUCAAAAAGUCCUGAUAUGCGUAAUAAACGUAUGAUUAUCGGACAAAAAUCUUUCGCAUUUGGGCAUGAUGGGGACUUAAUCGAAAUUAAUCCUGCCGAUGUAAAAGUAACGUACGAAAACAAUCUGACCGAUGGCCUUAGUUCUAUAGGUAGUUCACAGGCAUCUAGAAAUUUGGAAAAUACAGACAUAAAUCACGAUCAAAUGUUCCAAGACGCAGAUAUCCAGGAAGUGGAUAAAAUGUUUCCAAGAAAAUUACUGUUUGAUGACAGUAUAGAACUUUGCGCUAACGUCAGUGUGCCAGAGGAGAUACCUAAGGAGCACGCAAAUACGCAAUCGAAAAAUUUAGGAGAAAGUGUUGACUUCAUGGAGGAUACCUUGUUAAAUACAACUUCGUUGAAUUUGUAUGAUAUCCGAAGAGCUAGUGAUGGAUCGUGCGAUAUAAAACCUGGAGAGAAUUUUUCGAUGGUGCUGGGCCGAAGACAUAGCGACAGCUUUGUUCCCGGUAUUCAGAACAUUCAUGAGCCUGUUUUAGCGCAGAGGAGAAGAACCUUGAAACGCCAGACUAGAGUAAGCGAUAUAGAUGCAAUAGAUUUCUGUAAUUCCAAGACGUGUACUUCCGAUACAGUGCAACACAGAGUAAUGGAUUUGCAAGAAAAUGUAAGAUUACGAAACGAAGACCAAAGUUGCAGCACGCAACGCUCAAAUACGCUUUCGGAAGAACAUAGUGAUUGUGCUCAAUGCAUAGGCAAUGGUCUAAACAAAGAAAAUGGACAACAGGAUGUCAGUAAGCACCGCAUAAAGAAAGAUCUGUCUUUAAGGCGACCGCGUACGGAUGAAGAGGAGACUACAACAAGUUGUUGUUGUCGUCGUUCUGGUUCGACGAAGUAUUGGGAAAAGAUGGACAAAAUUAUUCAAGAGAAUAAAAACUUGGAGAACAUGGUAGCGAAAAACAGAAGGGAAAUGGCAGAAAUUCGUGAAAUGUUGAGUAGCGUAUUAUCCGUACGAUUGGAACCUGGUUUUUAAUGUACAUAAACAAGUAUAAUGCAAAAAGAUUAAUUCAUGAAUAAGCGGAAGAUAAAAACAAUCGAUUAAUAAUAUUAUAAAACAUUUUAUCCCGUACACGACUUUUGAAGUUCCAUUUCACUUUUCUGUUUAAAGAAUGAGAUAUUUAUUUCUCACGCAUCAAUAAGUACUGCUCUGCAAAUGCAUUUUCCAGCACUAUGCAUUGCAAUAAAAC